AUGGCAAGAACGGACGCAGAAGGACCUUCGCGUGUGCGGUCCAGUACAGCUUGCUUACGCUGCAGGAGGUCCAAGAUCAAGUGCGACAAUACAGGCCAGCUUGAUGCUGCCUGUAGGAAUUGCAUCAAAGCAGGUCAGCGCUGCCAAUGGCCAGACCCAUCUGUAGUGCCACCAAAACGGACAGAUGCGCCGUCAAGUAUACGCCAAUAUCGGGAGUCGGGUCGAGGAAGAAAACGUCCCAGAAUAACCCCGGCCAAUGCUCAAAGCGAUGGUCAGCAGAACGCCGAGGAUAUUCUCUCGGCGCCUUUUCUUGACAGGCAUGUAUGGGAUCAGAUACUGGCCACCUAUAAGCUCCAUUUCGCAACAGAGCUACCUUUCCUACACAUUCCCACACUAAAGGACAAGAUCUACCAGUGUCGGAGAGAUCCAGCCACGGGUUCGUCAGAGCUGAAUCUGGUACUGCUCGGAAUUCUCGCCCUGACAGCGAGAUACCACGACGAACUUGUUAAGUAUGUUCAUCGUCUCUCCCACGACAAGCAUACUAGUGCAACCACCGACGACCAGGCCCGAUAUUGUGUAGCUCCAGACCUCUUGCCGCAUGACACUCAGCCCGAGGCAAGACCGCGUGGAGGGCAAUCCAGACCAGCAGCUGCCGCUGCCUCAGAAUUCUUCGCCGACAUUCUCGACAAAGCCUUGGGAUCUUGCAGACUGGCCAUGACAAGAGCAACCGUGGAGCGCGUUCAGGCAUUCUUGAUGCUGGGUCUAUACCAGUGGAUAUCACGAGACCAUCAGGGCUUAGGGUCUUGGAUGUACGUUGGCAUGGCCAUACGCAUGGCGCAAGCGCUCAAACUUGGGGUUGGAGACGUGGCUCAGUCCUCAUCAUCUUCCCCGUUGGCCGAGAAGAUACUUAUUGAUGGAGAAGUGAGGCGGCGAACAAUGUUCAGCUGCUUCAUACUCGAUCGUAUACUAUCGUGCGGAAAAGAUAGAACUUCUUGCAUACGCUCGGAAGACCUGCGUAUUCAGCUGCCCUGUUCCGAGGAAGAUUUCGAUUUGACUCGACAAGUCUAUACCGGCUUUCUCCGGGGCUCGCUUGUCUCCGUUGUAGCCAACCGCCCAGACAGCCCCAACAUACUCAGCAGUUUUGUACAGCUCAUUGACAUAUGGGGAGAGAUUUCGCACUACAGCAACGCCGGCGGCCGCUUCUUCGAGGAACAAGACGUUGCUCCAUGGGAAGCGCAAGCGAAAUUUUCAAGACUCUCGCGGAAGCUCGUUGACUUCAACACAGAGUUGCAAAUGACUGACAGCUCUCUCGGGUUCACACUCUCUCGGCAAAAUUAUUUCAAACAUGACAGUCGGCAAGGCUCCAGUGCAUUUGUUUCGCUGCACAUGCUUAUGUGUCUCUCAAAGAUCAUGCUUCAUCGCGAAUAUAUCCCAUUCAUUCCCGUCAGGUGCGGAAGACCCAACGGGCCGUUGGACGAGCCCACUUUUGCUCCAGACAUCACUCCGCCAGGUUUCUGGGCCAGCAGUGCCAACGAGCUCUUCCAUGCUGCAGCUGAGAUCUGUGAUCUGAUAGAAAUAUGCGGCGAAAGAUUGCCACACUCAUCACUUGUGGUGUUUGCCAUCUGGCAUGCUGCUUAUGUCGGGCUGUAUGCUCGUCAUUUCCCCCAAAUGGAUGUAAACAGGUCCAUGGUCGGUAUCGAAGUCGGUCAGAGAGACGGCUAUGCAGUCGCUGGUACCAACGAACUAGGCGAAAGCACCAAAGCAGCCUUGGACUCUCUUCACCGACUAGCUCGGCAUUCAAAUCUUGCCGCCGAGUAUGCCUUGAGGUUCAAGGAAGCUGAUGAGUUCUACGCUAGAAUUAUCGACGAUCAUAAUCGAAACCACGACUUGGACCGGGCUCUAGGUGCACGAGAAACAGGCCCGAGAACACGUAGUGUUCGAAUGGGUGGCAAUGGGGGCGGCGUUGAGGAAUGGCAUAAGAGAAAGGACUAUCUUACCAACAAUGGUUCCAUCAUUGGAGAUGACCGCUGCCGAGAUAAUGACAAGACAGAUCAGGCACAAACGCCGCUAUCGGACCACGUUCCACCUGGCAAAGAACACUCGCGAGGCCUGGAGCUGGAUUUGGCGGCGGCUGGUGCAACACCUGCUGGCAUGCAAAGAUCACUUCGAGCCGAGUUAGCAAGCACGGGUCGGUUAAGCCAUACACACCACGACUAUGGCGUUGCGUCAAGGCGUGGGAAUGGUUCAAACGACAAUCCGCAAUCCAGCGUGCCGGACCAUUCGCACUUUGGCAGCCCGUCCAUGUAUGACUUGACAGCGACGGAUCACUAUACAAGGCUCGAUGCCGAGCUCGUCGCAGACAUUGAGGGGAAGCCCUUCGGGUUCGGUUACUUGGACCAGAGCGUUUUCGUGGGAGGAUUCAAUGAGCUCUCCCCUGGCGGAUGGGAGGCCCCGUCACAGGAGGUAUCCAGACUACUGUUCCCUCUUACGGAAGAAGACGCAUGA